AUGACUGUCAAAUUCAAUGUCGAUGUGCCUUGUCAGGAGCUGAAGGCGCCGGAGGUUGGCCAUGGAGGUUAUCAAGAACUCAACCCACGUACCGAGAUUCUCUCAAGCGGUAGUGUGACUGCACCUGGACGACGAGCUCUGUCUUGCGACAUCCUCGUGGAACACGAUGUUGCUAUCCCCAUGAGAGACGGGUGCAAGCUCUAUGCCGACAUCUAUCGACCCACAACGGCCCGAGAGAGAUCCGUCCCCGCAAUUCUCUGCUGGAGUCCGUUCGGAAAGAAAUUCAACGGCAUUGACUCAUUGAAGCUCAUGACGCCUUGGAAUCUCGGUAUUCCCGAUGGAACAUUGAGUGGACUGGAGAAAUUCGAAGCUCCUGAUCCUGCUGAAUGGGUGGAUCGCGGAUAUGCCUUGAUCAACGUUGACUCCCGCGGUGCUUUUGAUUCUGAAGGCGUGAUGGCUAUCAUGGGAACGCAAGAAGCCGAGGAUGGAUACGACACUAUUGAAUGGCUCGCUAAGCUCCAAUGGUGCAACGGAAACGUCGGUAUGGCUGGCAAUUCCCAUCUGGCGAUUAUCCAAUGGUUUGUUGCAGCUUUGCAGCCCCCAUCACUCAAGGCUAUUGCCCCUUGGGAAGGCUGUGGUGACCUGUACCGUGAGCAAUUUGCGCGCGGUGGAAUCUAUGGCGGAGAUUUGUUCGACCACCUCAUUAUCAAGUACAUGCUGCGCGGCCGCAAUGGCAUGGAGAGUUUCCGCAAGAUGUUUGACCAACACCCUCUUGCCAAUGACUGGUGGAACGACAAGAGACCCGACAUGAAGAAGAUCAACAUCCCCACAUAUAUCACUGGCACUUACACCAACACCAUGCACGGCAUGGGCGCCAUCAGAGGCUGGCUCGAGGUUAACUCGCCGAAUAAGUGGCUUCGUUGGCACCCAUACCAGGAGUGGUAUGACCUCUGGGGCAACCAAGAGGGACAGGAGGAGCUGUUGUCUUUCUUCGAUCGGUACUUGAAGGGUAUUGAGAAUGACUGGGAGUCAACGCCGCGAGUGCGCAUGUCUGUCCUGAGAUAUGGAGAGAAGCAGCCUUUGGCCGAGGUGGUUGAAGAAGACUUCCCCCUCCCACGCACCAACUACCGCAAGGCAUACUUGACUUCCAACGGAGCUUUGAGCCUAGAUCAUCCGGUACCCAGUUCUGGAUCGGUCUCGUACAACUCGGAGGAUGCAAAGGACCGGGUGACUUUCACAUAUAAGUUCACUGAGCGAACGCAGAUCGUCGGAAUGCCCAAGGCUGUUCUGUGGAUGCGCAACGACGACUUUAACGACAUGGACGUGUUCCUCGUCUUGAACAAGCUGUCCGCUUCGGGAGAGCGGUUACUCAACCUCAACAUCCCCUGGACCAACCUCCCAGUCGAGAAGAUUGCCGAUAUCCCCGCGGACAAGCGCACCGAGGUCAUUCUGUACCAGGGACCCACGGGUAUCCUGCGAGCAUCAAACCGGGAUAUUGACCCAUCACGCUCAAUGCAUGAGAACUGGCCCUACUACACGCACGAGAAGGAAGAAAAGAUUGAGCCGGGCACCGUGGUGCGUCUGGAGAUCGGUAUCUGGUGCAUGGGUAUCGAGUUCGAGGAAGGGGAGAGCCUAGAGCUUUCUGUGAGUGGAAGUUACCAAGGAUUCUCGAACUUCGGAACAAGCGAACAUACCCAGAACAAGGGGAAACACUGGGUUCACGCCGGAGGGGAGUACGAUAGCCACCUGGUGCUGCCAUUUGUAUAG